AGAGAGAGAGAGAGAGAGAGAGAGAGGGGGAGAGGAGUGGGGAAGUGAGAGGCGAAGGGGCGCGUUUUUGUUGUGGUCGCGUACGAUCGAGCCCUAGGUUUUUUUCGUCCUCUUCCUCCAUUUUUCUCUCGAUCUCGAUCGAGGGAGAUAAGGGUUUCGAGUCGAUCCUCCUUUGUUGGGAUCCUACUCUUUUUCGCGUUUGUUGAGAUCCACGAGGGGCGUGGUUGUUGGUGGCGGAGAAUCCACGAGGUUGGUGGGGGUUGGUAGAGGGAUCUGGGGCUGCUCCCCGCGGACUAAAAGGUGGGAUUAGAUUUUGUUUGAUUUGUACAUAGAAAUGAUGCUCAUGCUUGUAGAAAAUUGUAGGACUUUAGUUCGUCGUUUGACUUCAAAUCUCCGUAGAACGAAUUCGAUAGGGCGUUAACUAGAUCUGUUUAAUCUCAAAAUCCCACCUUUGCAAAGAAAAGCAAGAGAAGAAGAAUAUUGCAGCAUUUGGCUAUGUCGGCGGCCCAAGGAUUAGCCUUUAAGCUUCGAAACGAGUCGGGUGCUCACCCUCCUCCUGUGAGCCUCAAAAGGAACAUCCGCCAUGGCGGCCGUGCCACGCAAUACUCUGUUUCAAGGCAGCAGGUCAGUUCAGUCUCCCUGGAAAGCGAGUUCCUCGGCGCGCAGGUCCCUAUUUCUGAGGAGCAACGGAUCAAGCCAUGGCGGGCGGACGGCUCAGAUCCUUCGCAGAGGCCGGGUGCUGUCUCAGCAUCGAUGUCCUUCUCCCAGCUGCCAGAGAAGCCUGUGGGUCUCUACGAUCCUUCCUUUGAGAAGGAUUCCUGUGGUGUCGGGUUCAUUGCAGAACUGUCUGGGGAGUAUAAACGCAAAACUGUUGCUGAUGCAAUCAAGAUGCUUGAGAGAAUGGCCCAUCGCGGAGCAUGUGGCUGCGAGGUGAAUACUGGUGAUGGAGCAGGCAUCCUUGUAGCACUUCCUCAUGGCUUCUAUAGGGAGGUAACCAAGGAUGCAGGUUUUGAACUGCCACCACCCGGUCAGUAUGCUGUCGGCAUGUUUUUCUUGCCAACUGAUGACAAACGCCGCGAACAAAGCAAAACUGUAUUUACAAAGGUUGCAGAGUCGCUGGGACAUACUGUUCUUGGAUGGCGCCUCGUUCCAACAGACAAUACAGAUUUAGGUGAAUCUGCUCUGCAAACAGAGCCAGUAAUUGAACAAGUUUUCCUUACUAAAAGUUCCAAAUCAGCUGCUGAUUUUGAACAACAGAUGUAUAUACUGAGGAAGCUUUCAUUGGUAUCAAUUCGGUCUGCUCUGCUGAUUCAGACUGGUGGAGCAAGGGACUUCUAUAUAUGCUCACUAUCUUCAAGGACUGUUGUUUACAAAGGUCAGCUGAAGCCAUCUCAGCUGAAGGAUUACUAUUAUGCAGAUCUUGGUGAUGAAAACUUCACGAGUUAUAUGGCUCUGGUUCACUCACGGUUCUCCACGAACACCUUCCCCAGUUGGGAUCGUGCUCAACCCAUGCGUAUUUUAGGACAUAAUGGAGAGAUAAACACACUUCGUGGAAAUAAAAAUUGGAUGAAGGCACGUGAGGGUUUACUGAAGUGCAAGCAGCUGGGUCUAUCAAAGGAUGAGAUGACACAAAUUCUACCUAUAGUGGAUUCUACCUCAUCAGAUUCAGGGGCAUUUGAUGGUGUUCUGGAGCUUUUGGUCCGAGCUGGCAGAAGCCUGCCAGAAGCUGUCAUGAUGAUGAUACCUGAGGCAUGGCAGAAUGAUGAGAAUAUGGACCCUGAUAGGAAGGCUUUGUAUGAAUACUUCUCAGCACUUAUGGAACCCUGGGAUGGUCCUGCUCUUAUAUCAUUUACUGAUGGCCGGUAUCUUGGAGCAACAUUGGACCGGAAUGGGCUGAGGCCUGGCCGCUUUUAUAUCACACAUAGUGGGCGUGUUAUCAUGGCUAGUGAAGUUGGUGUUGUAGAUGUUUCUCCGGAAGAUGUGUCCAGGAAAGGAAGAUUAAACCCUGGGAUGAUGUUGUUGGUUGAUUUUGAGAACCAUAUCGUUGUUGAUGAUGAGGAACUGAAGAAGAUUUAUUCACAAGCACGUCCAUAUGCAGAUUGGCUUAAGAGACAGAAGAUAAGCCUUGAUGAUAUUGUUGGUUCAGUGCCUGAGACUGAGAGGGUCCCCCCGAGCAUAUUUGGAUCAAUUCCAGCAGAAAAUCGUUAUCAGAACAUGGAAAACUUGGGCAUUCAUGGAAUUUUGACUCCGCUAAAGGCCUUUGGCUACACAGUAGAAGCCCUGGACAUGCUAUUGCUGCCCAUGGCAAAAGAUGGAGUUGAAGCUCUCGGCUCAAUGGGUAAUGAUGCCCCGUUGGCUGUGAUGUCAAACAGAGAGAAGCUCACCUUUGAGUAUUUCAAGCAGAUGUUUGCCCAAGUUACAAACCCACCAAUUGAUCCUAUUAGGGAGAAAAUUGUUACGUCUAUGGAGUGCAUGAUUGGCCCAGAAGGGGAUUUAUCUGAAACCACUGAAGAACAGUGUCAUCGACUUACACUGGAAGGCCCUCUUCUAUCAAUUGACGAAAUUGAAGCCAUUAAAAAGAUGAACUAUCGAGGUUGGCGUAGUAAAGUGCUUGACAUAACUUAUCCUAAAAAGCGUGGUCGAAAGGGCUUGGAAGAAACUUUGGACAGAAUCUGUGCUGAGGCUCAUGAGGCUAUUCGAGAGGGAUAUACGAUCAUUGUGCUGUCCGACAGAGGUUUUUCAUCGGAGCGUGUCGCUGCCAGCUCCCUCCUGGCAGUGGGUGCAGUUCACCACCAUCUUGUCUCACAGCUUGAGCGGACCCGCAUAGGAUUGCUAGUUGAAUCUGCUGAGCCUCGCGAAGUGCACCAUUUUUGUACUCUGGUCGGGUUCGGUGCAGACGCCAUAUGCCCGUAUUUAGCUAUCGAAGCAAUAUGGCGGUUGCAAAUCGAUGGCAAAAUUCCUCCUAAGGAUGAUGGCCAGUUCCACUCCCGCAAGGAGCUUGUCAAAAAGUACUUCAAAGCCAGCAACUAUGGCAUGAUGAAAGUUCUUGCUAAGAUGGGUAUAUCUACCCUUGCUUCUUACAAAGGUGCUCAGAUUUUUGAGGCACUCGGCAUUGCUUCUGAGGUAAUUCAUAAGUGCUUCGAGGGUACCCCAAGUAGAAUUGAGGGUGCAACAUUUGAAAUGCUUGGUCGGGAUUAUCUUAGUCUUCAUGAUUUGGCUUUUCCCUCAAGAGCUUUACCAGCUGGAAGUGCAGAAGCAGUUGCGCUGCCUAAUCCUGGGGACUAUCACUGGAGGAAAGGGGGUGAAAUUCACCUUAAUGAUCCCCUUGCUAUUGCCAAGUUGCAAGAAGCUGCGAGAGUUAACAGUGUGGCUGCGUAUAAAGAGUACUCUAAACGUAUUCAGGAGCUCAACAAGACCUGCAAUCUGCGUGGGAUGUUGAAGUUUAAAGAUGUGGCUGAAAAGAUCCCCUUGGAAGAGGUUGAACCUGCUAAGGAGAUCGUGAAGCGUUUCUGCACCGGUGCCAUGAGUUAUGGUUCAAUUUCUCUGGAAGCGCAUACCACCCUUGCUACGGCAAUGAAUAAAAUUGGAGGCAAAUCUAAUACUGGUGAGGGAGGAGAGCAACCAUCUCGUAUGGAGCCUCUCCCGGAUGGUUCGAGGAACCCAAAGAGGAGCUCUAUCAAGCAAGUUGCUAGUGGAAGGUUUGGGGUUUCAAGCUAUUAUCUAACCAAUGCUGAUGAACUUCAGAUAAAGAUGGCUCAGGGGGCAAAGCCAGGUGAAGGAGGUGAACUUCCAGGUCAUAAAGUUAUUGGUGAUAUUGCAGUUACAAGGCAUUCCACUGCUGGUGUGGGUCUCAUCAGCCCUCCCCCCCACCACGAUAUCUAUUCCAUUGAGGACCUCGCCCAGCUCAUUCAUGACCUUAAGAACUCAAAUCCAGGUGCCCGAAUCAGUGUUAAGCUAGUCUCAGAGGCUGGUGUGGGUGUGGUUGCUAGUGGGGUCGUUAAAGGUCAUGCCGAUCAUGUUCUUAUCUCAGGUCACGAUGGCGGCACUGGGGCUUCACGAUGGACUGGCAUUAAAAAUGCAGGCCUUCCUUGGGAGCUUGGCUUAGCAGAGACACACCAAACCCUCGUUGCAAAUGGCCUUCGUGGUCGGGCAGUUCUUCAAACAGACGGUCAGCUGAAAACAGGGAGAGACGUUGCAGUAGCUGCUCUACUUGGUGCAGAAGAGUUUGGUUUCAGCACUGCUCCUUUGAUAACUCUCGGUUGUGUUAUGAUGCGGAAGUGCCAUACAAAUACUUGUCCGGUUGGGAUUGCAACUCAAGACCCAGUACUAAGAGAGAAAUUUGCUGGCGAACCUGAGCAUGUUAUAAACUUCUUCUUUAUGCUGGCGGAGGAGCUCCGUGAGAUCAUGGCCCAGCUUGGUUUCCGAACGAUCAACGAAAUGGUUGGACGUGCCGAUAUGCUGGAAGUUGAUCCUGAAGUGGUAAAAAGCAACCCAAAAUUAGAAAAUAUCGAUCUUUCUUUAAUGCUUAAACCAGCUGCCGAAAUCCGGCCUGGAGCUGCUCAGUACUGUGUUGAGAAGCAGGAUCACGGGCUGGACAUGGCCUUGGAUAGGGUGCUUAUUUCUAAGUCAGACGCUGCUCUUGAAAAGGGCGUGAAGGUAUUUAUUGAGACGCCUGUUAAGAAUAUAAACCGUGCUAUGGGCACCACACUGAGUCAUGAGGUCACAAAAAGAUAUCACAUGAAAGGUUUACCUCCCAAUACUAUCCAUGUCAAGUUGAGCGGAAGUGCUGGCCAGAGUUUUGGUGCUUUUCUUUGCUCAGGAAUUACUCUUGAGCUUGAAGGAGACAGUAAUGACUAUGUUGGGAAAGGGUUAUCUGGUGGCAAGAUAGUAGUUUAUCCUCCAAGAGAAAGCAAAUUCGACCCAAAGGAUAAUAUUGUAAUAGGCAAUGUCGCUUUAUAUGGAGCAACAGCUGGGGAGGCGUACUUUAAUGGGAUGGCUGCAGAGAGGUUCUGUGUCCGUAAUUCUGGUGCUCAAGCAGUGGUUGAAGGUGUUGGUGAUCAUGGAUGCGAGUACAUGACUGGCGGCACUGUCGUCAUUCUUGGUAAAACUGGGAGAAAUUUUGCUGCGGGUAUGAGCGGCGGUAUUGCUUUUGUUUUUGAUGUGGAUGGAAAGUUUUCUAGUCGAUGCAAUCAUGAACUGAUUGAUCUUGAGAGUGUAGUAGAGGAAGAGGAUGUUAUUACAUUGAGAUCAAUGAUACAACAGCAUCGUUCUCACACUGGCAGUGUCUUGGCUAAAGAGGUCCUCGCAGACUUUGAGAAUCUUCUUCCGAAGUUUGUGAAAGUAUUUCCACGAGAUUAUAAGAGGAUUCUCCAGAAUAUGAAGGCAGAGAAAGCUGCAAAAGAAGCAGAGAAGAAACUGAAGAAGCUGAAGGGAAAGAAUGGAUACCAAGAGACGAAGAUAUCUGUAACUACCUCAUCUAGCAAGAAGGAAGUGCCAGCUCGAAACAAACUGCAGAGGCCAACUCGGGUUGACAAUGCUGCUAAGUAUCGAGGUUUUAUUGAAUAUGAGAGAGAAGGAAUUGGUUAUAGAGAUCCUAAUGAACGAAUCGGUGAUUGGAAAGAAGUUGCUAGUGAAUCAAUUCCUGGGCCACUCCUGAAAACACAAUCUGCUCGUUGCAUGGAUUGCGGGACCCCAUUCUGUCAUCAGGAAAAUGCUGGGGCGGGUUGCCCUCUUGGAAAUAAGAUUCCAGAAUUUAAUGAGCUGGUCCACCAAAAUAGAUGGCGUGAAGCAUUGGAUCGGCUCCUUGAGACGAAUAACUUCCCAGAAUUCACUGGCCGAGUUUGUCCGGCUCCCUGCGAAGGCUCAUGCGUUCUUGGUAUCAUUGAAAACCCAGUAUCUAUAAAAAGCAUAGAAUGUGCCAUCAUAGACAAAGGCUUUGAGGAGAAAUGGAUUGUGCCUCAACCGCCACUUCAGAGAACAGGCAAGAAAGUUGCCAUUGUGGGUAGUGGCCCGGCUGGUUUGGCUGCAGCUGACCAACUAAACAAAAUGGGGCAUUUUGUCACUGUUUACGAGCGUGCAGAUCGCAUCGGUGGCUUGAUGAUGUAUGGGGUCCCCAACAUGAAGACUGACAAGUUAGGCGUAGUUCAACGACGUGUUGAUUUGAUGGCUGAGGAAGGGGUCACUUUCGUGGUGAAUGCAAAUGUUGGAAAGGAUCCGAAUUAUUCCAUCAACCGCAUCCGUGCUGACAAUGACGCUCUUUUAUUAGCUUGUGGAUCUACAGUACCGAGAGAUCUGGCUGUUCCUGGACGGGAGCUCUCGGGGGUUCAUUUUGCUAUGGAGUUUCUUCAUGCAAACACCAAGAGCUUGCUGGAUAGCAACUUGGAGGAUGGCAAUUACAUCUCCGCCAAGGGUAAGAAGGUGAUAGUGAUCGGUGGUGGAGAUACAGGGACUGAUUGUAUUGGGACAUCGAUCAGGCAUGGUUGCAGCAGCAUCAUAAAUCUAGAGCUUCUCACUAAGCCGCCUAAUAACAGAGCACCUGGGAACCCGUGGCCCCAGUGGCCUAAGGUUUUCCGCGUGGACUAUGGUCACCAAGAAGCAGAAGCAAAGUUCGGCAAGGACCCAAGAACGUACGAAGUCCUAACCAAGCGUUUCUUGGGGGAUGAAAAUGGAAAUGUGAAGGGCCUUGAGGUGGUGCGUGUAAAAUGGGAGAGGGAUACCAGUGGGAGAUUCAAGUUCACCGAAAUUGACGGCUCUUCAGAGACACUUGAAGCCGAUCUCGUCUUGUUAGCUAUGGGCUUCCUUGGGCCUGAAUCGACUCUUGCCGAGAAGCUGGGGUUUGAUCGAGACAACAGAUCAAACUUCAAAGCCGAUUUCGGGCGGUUCUCCACCAGUGUCGAGGGGGUCUUCGCUGCAGGCGACUGCAGGCGUGGGCAGUCGCUCGUCGUGUGGGCAAUCACCGAGGGCCGGCAAGCUGCCUCAGAAAUUGACAAAUAUUUAAUGAAGGAUGAGGCCAUAAUUACCCAGGACCCGCGCAACCUCGGCGAAGAUCUCAUUCAGCCAAUUGCUGCGUAGUGGAAAAGUGAUUUCUCAUGCAAUAGUUAGGAUGUGAGUGCUAAUUAUAUUGUUAUUGUCAUAGAACUAUAAGAUUCUUCUCGCCAUUUGAGGGAAGAAAUGAGAAAGCAAAAGAGGUCUGAUGCAGUGAAAGAAACAUAAAAAUGGUCCGAUGGCGCGGAAGGAGAGCCUGUUUGCAUCAUAGUAGUUUUUGUGCUGUAAGCUUGGAAAUUUUGUUGGGUUUUUCGUUGUUUGUUUUGUUCUCUCUUUUGCAAUUUCGUUGGUUGAAUACUCCACAUUUGGUGGGUUGUUACGAAUAAUGUAUAGCGAUUAUUCGGUGAAGUAAUAGUUGGGAAAUCAUUGUUGGGGAUUAAACCUUGUUUUUCUUCUUUCUGGAGAAGAAAAAUGCUUAAAG